CUGGCCUGCUGCGGGCCACUGCCAGUCCCAACGGCACCAGUCGGGCCCAAAUGUUUUCCCGUCUCCUCCCGCUCCGGCACCGCCAUCACCGCCGCUUCCUCCAGACCCUGCCCUGUGCCGCCGCAAAAUCCGCCGCCGUGGUGGACCUCCACCACAGUCCAUGCUCCACGUCUGCCGCGUCGAGCCCAAGCCUGUCGAUAUGGCGGCGGAAGAAGGAGAUGGGGAAGGAGGGCCUCAUGGCGGUGGCGCAGCUCAAGCGGCUCGCGGCGCUUCCCCCGCCCGGGGACCACCCGCGCCUGGAGCAGUUCAUGGGCUCGCACGUGUCGCGCCUCCUCCGCACCGAUCUACUCGCCGUCCUCGCCGAGCUGCUCCGCCAGGACCACGUCAUCCUCUGCAAGAAGGUUUUUCACUCCCAAUUCCCAUCCCAGUAAAACCUGCGUGUUCUACUGUUUAAUUCUACAUCCAGCUUUACUAUUGUGUGCCGCGUACUCCUAUAAGAAUGGACUUACUUGAAGGGAACAGCGUGCAAAGUGUCUGCGUGGUUUAAACUUUGAUACAAAAUGGGGAUUUCAGUGCACUUGUUAGGCCGAAUCUCAAGUACCUCUUGUGACUUGUGCAUUUUCUAUUGUCAUGCGGACAGGCUGUUUGCAUACUGGAUAUGAAAUGGUUGCUCUCAUAUGAUUUUUUCCAAAUCAAUUUUCGAUGUGGGAAGAAGGGGAAAAUAUGAGUAAUAAGAUAUAGCAGAGGAAAUUGGAUGUAGGAUGUCCUUGGACUAAACGUGGUUUUCUUCUCUAUCCUAGUUCUGCAUCCCCACUCGGGUCAUUGGCUGUGAAUUCUUCAUCUACAUUAGUCGUUAGUGAAUAUUCCUGUGCAUGUCUAGAAAAAGUAGUCGCUGGUUCCUCAAGAAUAUGCUUAUUUUGGAAUGCUGGAGUCCUAUAAAUUUAUUUCUCUGACUUGGAGGUCUUACAUAAGUUUACUCUGACUUUAUCUACUUAACUGAUAUACAUGAUGUGGCUUGGUCCUGCUGAUAGAUGUUAAAACACACUUUUCCGAACCUGCUGAUAGAUCUCUCCUGUUGACAUUCACUAUUGUUUUCAUAAUCUCUGGGAUAUUUGGUUCUUUAUGUUCAUUUUUGGAGGGAUAUAUUAGGCUGUUUUACUUGGCGUACCAUUUGCCAAUCACAUGAGUGUUAACGAUUUGACAUCCAUUACCUCAAAACUGAGGUUUUGCCUCUCUUUUUCGUGGUGCAUGCUACGAUUUACCAUCUUUUGCUUUAUUAAUAUUUUUUUUUGCUUUUCAAGUGUUUGUUCUCUUUUGGACCCGGCUGAAAAACCCAUAUGCUGCUUGAGAUGAACUGGACUCAUGCCCAAUGAUCAUGAGAGUUGACAUUUUUGGUAAUUAUCUUAUUUGAAUAUAAUAAGCAAUGCUUUUAGACAAGGCUUCUAACCUAGAUUUUUCUCAUGAGGCCAAGUCACUAGAGAUGAGGCAGGGAAAUUUAUAAGAGGUAGUUCAGAAAAUUAUAUUGAGUUGAUACCCAGUAGACGAACUAAAUAACACCUAAUCAUCUAGUUACCUUUUCUCCUGGUUCGACUAUGAGUCCUUGAUUUGGACCAAAAGUGACUAGAAAAGCGUGAGAUCCUCAAUUUCAGUAGAACGGCUAAUGAAUGUGAAUCCUCAGUUUCCCCUUUCUGGGUAGGGACUGCCCAGCUUAGAGUUGGUGUCCCUAUGUUGUUAUGGCUUUGUAGAGUUGGUGUUUCUGAAGUCCGGUGUUUCCUGGAGCAUAGUAGCAUUUAAUGAACAUCAAUCAGUUGCAUCUGAAGUUUGACAGUCUUCUGGAUGAUUAAGGCUGUGUUUGGUUUGGGGUGUAAAAAAUUUCGCGAAAACUUUUGGCCCUUUGACCACUAAUUUAGAGUAUUAAAUGACAUCUAAUUACAAAACCACCUCCACAACCCCGUGUAAAUCGCGAGACGAAUCUAACGAGGCUUUUGACCGCGUGAUUAGAGAAC